AUGUUUGUCUCUGUUGUGUUGAAGCCCAAUCAAGCAGGAGAGACCAGCCUCCCUGUACCCAGCUGUCUGUCCAUGAAGAGUGACCAGUCUAUGGAUAAAAUUAUAGACUUCAGAGAGGGAGAUUAUUCUACUGAACAAAGAACCGAACAGGAGACAACAGAGUCAGAGAUUCUCAGUGGUCAGUCUUCCCAGAGUCAUCAAACAGACCUGGCCUCUAUAUUCAGUUUGCUUGAAGAGAAUUUUAUGACAUUUGUGAACAACGAGCUGAAGAGGUACAAGAGGAUUCUUAGUCCAGAACUCCCAGAAGGCUUUGAGAGUCAGAAGCAGGAUAAGGAAGUGGUGGAUGCUGAAGAUGAGAAGCAGGAGAGCAGUGCCAGAGAGGGAGCUCUGAAGAUCACACUGCACGUCCUGAGGAAAAUGAACCAGAAGGAGCUUGCUGACACACUGGAAAAAAAUGAGCUUGCUGUGAUUUGCCAACGUGAACUCAAAUCUAAUCUAGAGAAGAAUUUUCAAUGUGUAUUUGAGGGGGUCGCUAAACAAGGAAACCCAACACUUCUCAAUAAGAUCUACACAGAGCUCUACAUCACAGAGGGUGGAGCAGGAGAGGUCAAUAAUGAACAUGAGCUGAGACAGAUUGAGACAACAACCAGGAAACAAGCAAGACCAGAGACUGCAAUCAAAUGUAAUGACAUCUUCAAACCCUUAACUGGACAAGACAAAAUUAUCAGAACUGUGCUGACAAAGGGAGUCGCUGGCAUUGGAAAAACAGUCUCUGUGCAGAAGUUCAUCCUGGACUGGGCUGAAGGAAAAGCAAAUCAGGAUGUCCAAUUUGUAUUUUCAUUCCCUUUUCGGGAGCUGAAUUUGAUGAAAGAGGACAAACACACUUUGAUUGAACUUCUCAAUCACUUCUCAAUGGAAACCAAACAAUCAAGAAUCUCCAACUACGACAAGUACAAAGUUCUGUUCAUCUUUGAUGGUCUGGAUGAGUGCCGACUGCCCCUAGACUUCCAGAACAACAAGAUCUGUUGGGACGUCACAGAGUCAACCUCAGUGGAUGUUCUGCUGACAAAUCUCAUCAAGGGAAACCUGCUUCCCUCUGCUCUCCUCUGGAUAACUACCCGACCUGCAGCAGCCAAUCAGAUCCCCCCUGAGUGUGUUGACCAGGUGACAGAGGUACGAGGGUUCAAUGACCCACAGAAGGAGGAGUACUUCAGGAAGAGAUUCAGUGAUGAGGACCUGGCCAGCAGAAUCAUCUCACACAUAAAGACAUCAAAGAGCCUCCACAUCAUGUGCCACAUUCCAGUCUUUUGUUGGAUUUCUGCAACAGUCCUUGAAGACAUGCUGAAACAUAAGAGAGAAGAGAUGCCCAAGACUCUGACUGAGAUGUACACACACCUUGUGGUGUUUCAUACCAAACAGAAGAAUGAAAAGUAUCUUGGGAAAGAAGUGAGGGGUCCAGACUGGAAUAAAGACAGCAUUUUGUCACUGGGAAAAAUGGCUUUUCAACAGCUUGUGAAGGGCAAUCUGAUUUUCUAUGAAGAAGACCUGAAAGAGUCUGGCAUUGAUGUCAAUGAAGCCUCAGUGUACUCAGGAUUGUGCACACAGCUCUUUAAAGAGGAAUGUGGGCUGUACCAGGACAAGGUGUACUGCUUCGUGCAUCUGAGCAUUCAGGAGUUUCUGGCUGCUGUAUAUGUGUUCCUCUCAUUCAGCAACAACAAUGACAAUCUAAUGGCCGAACCUCAAACAACAUCCAGCAACGAUUGUCUACUGAAGACAGAAGUUACUGUCUACAAGAGCGCUGUGGAUAAAGCCUUACAAAGUGAGACGGGAAACCUGGACCUUUUCCUCCGCUUCCUUCUGGGCCUCUCACUGGAGUCCAAUCAGAAGCACUUACGAGGUCUACUGACAACGAUAGGAAGCAGUUCACAGAGCCAUGAAGAAACAGUCAAGUACAUCAAGGAGAAGAUCAGGGAGAAUCCCUCUCCAGAGAGGUGCAUCAAUCUGUUCCACUGUCUGAAUGAACUGAAUGACCAUUCUCUAGUGGAGGAGAUCCAAAGCUACCUGAGAUCAGGAAGUGUCUCCAGUGAUGAACUCUUACCUUCACAGUGGUCAGCUCUGGUCUUUGUGUUGCUGACUUCAGAAAAGGAGCUGGAUGUGUUUGACCUGAAGAAAUACUCCAGAUCAGAGGAAGGUCUUCUGAGGCUGCUGCCAGUGGUCAAAGUCUCCAGAGCUGCUCUGCUGUCAGGCUGUGGAGUCACAGAGGAAGGCUGUGCUUCUCUGGUCUCAGCUCUGAAGUCAAACCCCUCACACCUGAGAGAGCUGGAUCUGAGUAACAAUGACCUGAAGGAUUCAGGAGUGAAGCUGCUCUCUGCUGGACUGGGGAAUCCCCACUGUAAACUGGAGACUCUGAGGCUGUCAGGCUGUCAAGUCACAGAGGAAGGCUGUGCUUCUCUGGUCUCAGCUCUGAAGGCAAAUCCCUCACACCUGAGAGAGAUGGAUCUGAGUAACAAUGACCUGAAGGAUUCAGGAGUGAAGCUGCUCUCUGCUGGACUGGGGAAUCCCCACUGUAAACUGGAGACUCUGAGGCUGUCAGGCUGUCUAGUCACAGAGGAAGGCUGUGGUUCUCUGGUCUCAGCUCUGAAGUCAAACCCCUCACACCUGAGAGAGCUGGAUCUGAGUAACAAUGACCUGAAGGAUUCAGGAGUGGAGCUGCUCUCUGCUGGACUGGGGAAUCCCUACUGUAAACUGGAGACUCUGAGGCUGUCAGGCUGUCUAGUCACAGAGGAAGGCUGUGCUUCUCUGGUCUCAGCUCUGAGGUCAAACCCCUCACACCUGAGAGAACUGGACCUGAGCUACAAUCACCCAGGAGACUCAGGAGUCAGACUGCUCUCUGCUGGACUGGAGGAUCCACACUGCAGACUGGAGAAACUCAAUGUGGAACAUGGUGGAGAGUACACAAUGAAACCUGGGCUUAGAAAAUAUGUCUGUGAUCUCACACUGGACCCAAACACAGUAAACAGACUCCUCACUCUGUCUGAGGAGAACAGAAAGGUGACAUGUGGGAGAAAGAGGCAGCCGUAUCCUGAUCACCCAGAGAGAUUUGAGGACUGUAGACAGGUGCUGUGUAGAGAGCGUCUGACUGGGCGCUGUUACUGGGAGGUAGAGUGGAGUGGGGGAUGGCCGGUUAUAGGAGUGACAUAUAAAGGAAUCAACAGGAGAGGAGGGGGUAAGGUCUGUGGACUUGGAUGGAAUGACAAGUCCUGGAGUCUGUUCUGCUCUGACAACAGUUACACUGCCAGGCACAAUUGUAAUACCACUCUCAUAGACGUCCCUUCCUCCAGCUCCCACAGAGUAGGAGUGUAUCUGGACUGGCCAGCCGGCACUCUGUCCUUCUACAGAGUCUCCUCUGACACACUGACCCACCUGUACACAUUCACCUCCACAUUCACUGAGCCCCUCUUUCCAGGGUUUUGGGUUUAUGAUGACUCUUCAGUGUCCCUAAUCAAACACAACACAAUAUUUUAAUAAAAUAUCAAAUAAGAAUAUAAAUAGAUAAAUAUAUAACUCUGUGUCACACACACUGGAAACACACACACACACACUGGACACACACACUGGACACACACACAGACACCCAUACUGGACACACACUGGGCACACACAGACACAAACUGGACACACACACGCAAACACACUGGGGACACACACACACAGGACACCCACACACACACACAAGAAGCACACACACACACACACACACACACACACACACACACACACACACACACACUGGACACACACACUGGACAUAAACUGGACACACACCCGACACACACACACUGGACGGACACACACACUGGACACACACACACACACACACACAAACAGACACUGGACACCCACACAGGACACACACACACCUUGUACACACACACAUACACUGAAUACACACACCAGUUUGGGCCAGUUUAUUCCUGUAAAUACACUGACCAAAAAUAAGAGUGGCCCAUGGUGGUGGAGGGGUUAUGGUAUGGUGUUUACUGAUGUCAACGUUGUGAACAGAGGUCCCCAUGGUGAUGGAGGGGUUAUGGUAUGGUGUUUACUGAUGUAAACGUUGUGAACAGAGGUCCCCAUGGUGGUGGAGGGGUUAUGGUAUGGUGUUUGCUGAUGUAAACGUUGUGAACAGAUGGCCCCAUGGUGGUGGAGGGGUUAUGGUAUGGUGUUUGCUGAUGUCAACGUUGUGAACAGAGUGGCUCAUGGUGGUGGAGGGGUUAUGGUAUGGUGUUUGCUGAUGUAAACGUUGUGAACAGAGUGGCCCCAUGGUGACGGAGGGGUUAUGGUAUGGUGUUUGCUGAUGUAAACGUUGUGAACAGAGUGGCCCCAUGGUGGUGGAGGGGUUAUGAUAUGGGGAAUCAUAAACCACGGACAAUGAACACAAUCGCAAUUUAUAUGCACAGAGAUACCAUGAUGAGAACCCAUUAUCGUAUCAUUCCUCCGCCUCCAUCACCUCAUGUGUCAGCAUGAUAAUGCACGGCCCGAUCGAUGUCGCAAGGAUCUAUACACAAUUCCUGGAGGCUGAAAAAAUGUAAUAUAUUUUCCAUGGCCUGAGAACUCACCAGAUAUGUCAGCCGUUGAGCAUGUUUGGGAUGCUCUGGACAGACGUGUACGACAGCGUGUUCCAGGUCCUGACAAUAUCCAGCAACUUUGCACAGCCAUUGAAGAGGAGUGGGACAGCGUUCCUCAGGCCACAACCAACAGCCUGAUCAACUCUAUGUGAAGGAGAUGUGUCGCAAUGCAUGAGGCAAUGAUGAUCACACCAGAUACUGACUGGUUUUCUGAUCCACAAUACUACUUGUUUACUAAGGUAUCUGUGACCAAUAGAUGCAUGUCUGUAUUCCCAGUCAUGUUAAAUUCGUAGAUUAAGGCCUAAUGAAUUUAUUUUAUUACUCGGUAAAAUCUUUGAAAUUGUUGCCUGUUGCGUUUAGAUUUUAGAUCAGUAUAAUACAAAUGAGCAGUUUAAAAUGUUUUAUGUUUAUGAUGUUAGUAACACUAAGUAAUUCCAUACUUUCACUAAAGAUAUAAAGUCACUUUAUAUUGACAGAUGCCUCAUGUCAAUGUUCUGGAUUUUGAUGAAAGGAAAUUCCAUAUAACUGGACAGGACUUUGUUAUGGCAUCUUCUGAUUGGGUGUCUCAGGUCAGGACUUUGUUAUGGCAUCUUCUGAUUGGGUGUCUCAGGUCAGGACUUUGUUAUGCCAUCUUCUGAUUGGGUGUCUCAGGUCAGGACUUUGUUAUGGCAUCUUCUGUUUGGGUGUCUCAGGUCAGGACUUUGUUAUGGUAUCUUCUGUUUGGGUGUCUCAGGUCAGGACUUUGUUAUGGCAUCUUCUGUUUGGGUGUCUCAGGUCAGGACUUUGCUAUGGCAUCUUCUGUUUGGGUGUCUCAGGUCAGGACUUUGCUAUGGCAUCUUCUGUUUGGGUGUCUCAGGUCAGGACUUUGCUAUGGCAUCUUCUGUUUGGGUGUCUCAGGUCAGGACUUUGUUAUGCCAUCUUCUAAUUGGGUGUCUCAGGUCAGGACUUUGCUAUGGCAUCUUCUGUUUGGGUGUCUCAGGUCAGGACUUUGCUAUGGCAUCUUCUGUUUGGGUGUCUCAGGUCAGGUCUGAGCCAUAAUCAGAAUGUGUCUCUGUCUCAGCCCUGCCAUUUCUACCUGUCCUGAUCUAGUGUUUGACCCCUGACCUCCUCAUACCGUCUCACUGUCCAUGUCUGCUUUCAGCUCCCACCUCUACUUCACUGUGUUAUAAUGGACCUUAUGCUUGUUAUGUCACCUCUGUAACCAGUUAAGAAACAUACUGACCUUUCUGACUCUAUCCCAUGGUCCUACUUCACUGUGUUAUAAUGGACCUUAUGCUUGUUAUGUCACCUCUGUAACCAGUUAAGAAACAUACUGACCUUUCUGACCCUGUCCCAUGGUCCUACUUCACUGUGUUAUAAUGGACCUUAUGCUUGUUAUGUCACCUCUGUAACCAGUUAAGAAACAUACUGACCUUUCUGACCCUGUCCCAUGGUCCUACUUCACUGUGUUAUAAUGGACCUUAUGCUUGUUAUGUCACCUCUGUAACCAGUUAAGAAACAUACUGACCUUUCUGACCCUGUCCCAUGGUCCUACUUCACUGUGUUAUAAUGGACCUUAUGCUUGUUAUGUCACCUCUGUAACCAGUUAAGAAACAUACUGACCUUUCUGACCCUGUCCCAUGGUCCUACUUCACUGUGUUAUAAUGGACCUUAUGCUUGUUAUGUCACCUCUGUAACCAGUUAAGAAACAUACUGACCUUUCUGACCCUGUCCCAUGGUCCUACUUCACUGUGUUAUAAUGGACCUUAUGCUUGUUAUGUCACCUCUGUAACCAGUUAAGAAACAUACUGACCUUUCUGACCCUGUCCCAUGGUCCUACUUCACUGUGUUAUAAUGGACCUUAUGCUUGUUAUGUCACCUCUGUAACCAGUUAAGAAACAUACUGACCUUUCUGACCCUGUCCCAUGGUCCUACUUCACUGUGUUAUAAUGGACCUUAUGCUUGUUAUGUCACCUCUGUAACCAGUUAAGAAACAUACUGACCUUUCUGACCCUGUCCCAUGGUCCUACUUCACUGUGUUAUAAUGGACCUCAUGCUUGUUAUGUCAC